AGGUCGGUGUAUUCCGCAAAUACUUUUAAAGUAUUUAAAAGAAAAAUGAGUGCUUAACUAAACUUUACCGCUGCGUUUGUUUGCUUUUCGUAAACAAUGAGCUUGGCUCUCCUGAAUAUAAUUGGUUCGCGUCAUCGCAUCGAGAGAAACGAAAAAAGCUGGCCACAUAUGUCAUGUUGAAGGAGGAAAAUAUUCUUGGUUAGAACUACGUAAAUUGAUUCGUGUUGUCUAUGAUACAACGGUUGAAAAAUAAAGACUUUUUUCUGAACGAGUAAAUCUGAACGAUAGCUGAAAAGCAAACAGACGUCGUUUGAGAAGUUCAUUAUUUCCAUUGUAAGUUUUAAAUUUCAUUUAUAAAGCCAGCUGCUUCGCUAGGGUUUGACUUUGAAAAGAUAAAAGAGACGCGCAUGAACAAAAGGAAUAUAGUUUGGUUAACAACAUUGUACGGAAAAAAAUAAGAAAACGUAAAACAUACCUAUAAAGAGAAUGGAAAGAUGACAAAAGGAAAAGCUUAAUUAUCAAAUCGGGGAAACUUGAAGACAUAAUCAAAAGAAUAUUCAUUAAGUCGAGACGGAGGGAAAUCAAAUAAGGCGCAAAAUAGUCGUAAACUGGUAAUUGUUUCAAUUAAAUUUAUUCCAUCUGUCUGGGAAAUUGUCAUUUUUGCAAUAAAGGAACGAUUUGCAAGCCAUUGUUCGGCAAGUUAUCAACUCAAGUCGACUACUCACAAAUCGUUUGUAAAACUAAUUUCACUCGAGCAAUUUAAUUAAUUUCAAUGGAAAAGCUUUAAAAGAAAAAGGUGGAAAAGACAUAGAAGCGAACACAUCAGUAAAUUUACAUCAAGAAGAGAAAAACUAAUUAUAAAAAAAGAAAACGCCAUCACAUCGCGAAUAAAAAUGCUUUAAUAAUCAUCGCCUACAAUGAAUUAUGACUACAUCUUCAAGGUUCUUUUAGUUGGGGAUUCUGGCGUUGGAAAAACCUCGCUGAUACGACGAUUCACGAGAGGAUAUUACUCGGAAACGAUCGGAUCCACGAUCGGCGUGGAUUUCUGCGUGAAAAGUAUAGAGAUCGACGGUGAGAUGAUCAAGCUUCAAUGUUGGGAUACCGCUGGAAUGGAGACGUUCAGAUCGCUCACAAGGAGCUAUUACGGUCAGGCCGACGCAGUUGUCCUAGUUUAUGACUUGAGUGACAGAAAAAGUUUCGCUUCCAUACCGCAGUGGUUGAAUGAUGUGAAAAAGCACUCGCGCAAAAAAAAUAUCAUCAAAGUUUUGGUAGGCAACAAAAAUGACUUGAAUGAACGUCAGGUUUCCUGCUCUGCUGGUGAAGUCUUCGCUGAAUUUGAAGAAAUGAUCUUCUUAGAGGCUUCGGCAAAGGACGCCGAUAAUGUCGACCGAACGUUUCGUACUCUUGCUCAGGAAUUGACGCAGCAAACACGACGCCAAUUGCGCAAGAACGAUCGGAUAUCACGUGAUUUACAAAACGAGAGCACCAUCACCUUACAUGAUCACGUGCAAGCGUCUGGUGCCAUCGCGUGUUGUAAGCUAUGACCGUAAUAUUGGCAUCGCUUCAUAAUUCUACUGAGAAACUCUUUAAGGCAGGACCAUCGGAAGCAAAUUGAUUUAUGCCUGUAUGUAUAGGUGGAAGGGAGGGGGGUAAGGUAUGAAAAUACAAAAUGGCUGAUCUGUAUAUUAAACUGGAUAAUGCGUCCACAUAAAAAAUAUAAUACGUGACAUUGAUUCAUUUGCGUACGUUUUAUCGGUCUCACUUCACAACAAUAUUGCAUUACAAAGUCACACUUUUUACGUAUUUAUCCUUUAACACAUUUCUGAUACACAAAAAUUACUAUUGAACGAAGAGAAUUCAAAUCGGCAAAUUUAUAGGCAUGUGGGAACGAUAAAAAGCAUGCAAAUGAAGUAACUUCCGGUUUCUAUUUUUCUACAAGAUUCGUUAUCCAGUCUCAAAUGUAUAUAUUCACAGUGCGUACAAAUACGUAACUACAUUUCAAAGGACGCAGGAAAAAGUGGGUCAGUGGCCCAGCGUCACGUUAAACUUCACGAACAAAUUUACAAAUUACAAGGGAAUGCAAACACCAAAUCUUCCUUCCCUCCCCACCCCCCCCAAACACCUUAGAAGUAUCGGUGAAAUUUUAUUCUUUAAAAACUCAUCAACAAUAGAGUUUUCGUGAAGGAAGCGACGUAGAGAACCCGCAAAUUUUGAUCGUGCAGUGUAUCAUUAAGAUGAUGACUACUGUUGUUUGUUUCUUAAGAAAUAUAUUGUAUUCAAAGUCAGUGAACAGAGUGAAAUUUACAAAGUAGGACUAAAUUUGUACAACGGUUCUUUGAAUUUCAACUCGAGCAAUUAUAAUUUAUUUUGACAAA